AUGGCCAAGGGCGGUGGCUCGCAGCUGUCUCAGCUCAAGUCAAAACUUCACAGCUCUGGAGUUACAGAUCGACGUCAGCUCUCUAAAAAGUCUCGCUCGCGCAAAGGCGGUCAGGACGAGAAGGAUGCCGCGGAAGCUCGUCGCAACAAGAUCAACGCCAUCGUUGCCGACUUGAAUCCAUUUGAGCAAAAGGUCACAAAGCCAAAGCAUGAAGUGCUCGGUCGCAAGAUCAAGGGUGCCGUCGGUCGACCUGGUGCUGCUAAGGCCAGUGGUCUUGCACAAAGGAGAGAGACACUGCUUCCAGAAUGGCAGGCUCGUGACCGCACUGGUACUUUUGUCGAUCGUAGGUUCGGUGAAAACGACGCGAAUAUGACGCCAGAAGAAAAGAUGCUCGAGCGCUUCGCAACAGAAAAGCAACGGAGAGCAGCCAAAGGCGCUGCGUUCAAUCUCAAUGACGAUGAUGACUUGCUCACCCACUACGGUCAAUCUCUUAGCGGCUUGGAUGAUUUGGCCGACAUUCGAUUGCCAGAGGAUGACGAGGAUGAAGACGAUUCAGGCCGAAUGACCGCACAAGGUCACUUUGGCGGCUUCGGCGACAAUGAGGACGGCGAAAAGUCGAAAGCCGACGUCAUGCGUGAAGUUAUUGCAAAGUCCAAGUUCCACAAGCUCGAGCGUCAGAAGGUCAAGGACGCCGACGACGAGUUACGAGAGCAGCUGGAUGACGAGCUUGCCGACAUUCGUGGUUUGCUCUUCGAGCAGCCUGCCGUUCCCACCCCUGCUCCGCCUAUCGAUACCAAUGCUAAACCCAAGCUCUCAGUCUUUCCUGGUCCGGCCACUGGUGCCAAUGCUACUGCAGUCGCGGGUGUCAACACAGAUGCGACAGCAGGGCAAGACAAGCCCACCAGCUCUUACGACACCUUCGUCCGCGAACUGGCAUUUGAGCGCAGGGCUAAGCCACAGGAUCGUCUCAAGAGCGAAGAGGAGCUUGCUGCCGAACAGGCUGAGCGGUUGAGGAAAGCAGAGAAAGCACGCUUGAAACGAAUGCGUGGCGAUGAAAGCGACGACGAAGCUGAUGAGGAUGACGACGGUGGCAAGCGUCGAAAACGCAGCAAGGGUGCCAACUCAAGCUCAGCACCCAAACGUGCGGCACAAGCAGACGACCUUGAUGACGACUUUGAGCUGGACGGCAUGACCGCCGGCGAAGUAUACGGUCUUGGCGCAGGGCUCGCAGAAAGUGGUACUGUCGAUGCGAGCGACGCCGAAGAGGACGAUGACACCGAAGACGACAACGAUGAAGAGGGCCAAGACGACGCUGCGGAAGGUGUGGAAAUUGAAGAAGAAGACGACGACGAUGAUGAGGAGGAGGAUGAUUUUGCCGAUCUCGCCGAUGCGGAUGACGCGAUUCGGAUUGGUGAAGAUGAAGACUCGGAGCAAGAAGGCGACCAUGAAGCGCUCACCAGCUACUCCAAGGCAGAGGCCAAGACAGGCAAGACGGACACUGUCACCAAGCCGAAGUCCACCCCGGUCACGCAAAGCAAGCUGCCGUUCACCUUCUCCUGCCCUGCCACACACGACGAGCUACUUUCUCUCCUUGAAACUCACCAAAUUAACCCCAAGCACAUCCCCACCGUCAUAAAGCGUAUCCGCACACUUCACCAUCCAAGCCUCGCUGAAGACAACAAAUAUCGCCUUCAAGCAUUUAUUGGCGUCCUCAUCGACCACACACUCCACUGGGCCGGUCAAGCUCAGAUGCAUCAAUCCACCACUGGUCAAAAGCACAAGCUUGCCUUUGCUAUCGUCAACUCGCUCAUUCCCCACAUCUUCAGUCUUUCGCAGACCUACCCUGCUGCGUCAGCCGAGCAUUUUGUCAAUAAGCUUGCUCUCAUGCAGCGUAAUCUCUCGCGUGGACUGGCAAAGGGUCCUACUGAGGACAAUGCAAGGACAUGGCCAGGGUUGCCGGAGCUCACUCUGCUCAGGCUGGUCGGCACAGUAUGGCCCACCUCCGACAAGCAACACAACGUAACGACGCCUUUAGCACUGCUCAUCGCGCAAUAUCUAGCACAUGCAAGGAUUCGAUCGGUGAGCGAUUUGGCGUCGGGACUCUUCCUCUGCUCGCUCGUUGUCUCUAAUGAGGUGGAGAGCAGGCGUCUGUUCCCCGAAGCGCUCAACUUCCUCUUUUCGUCGAUCGCCAUUCUGGCAUCGUUUGGCCAAGAGAAGAAGCAGCAGCGCGAGACUUUGGCAAAGAUCCGUGGCGUGGCCGAGGAAUAUGGUAUUCCGACUCCUGACGUCGAUGCAGUACACACGCGACACCUCCGUCUGUCUGGAGAGGAUGUAGUCGAAGCCACAGAUCAAGCGGUUGACUUGCCAAGUCUGAUCAUCACCAAGUCAGGCGCUGAUUCGCAGAAACGCACUGAACUCCUCAGCGUAGCGCUGACGCUCACAUCCAAGUUCAGCGAGCUGUACGACGGUUCGACAUCCUACAUUGAGCUCUUUACGCCUUUCUCAGUGCUGCUCUCGGCUUCGUUUAGCACAGCUUCUUCCACUGUAUCUGCCUCGCUCUCGCGUUCUUUGCACCUCGCCUCGACAUCGCGUCGAUAUCUGCGUCUGCAGGCGCACCGAGCGAUCGCCAUCGCCUCGCACGUCCCCAAGUUCGAUCAGCAGGGCUACAACCCAGACCGCAAGUCUGCUCUGGACCCAGAUGUCGAGCGCGUCCAAAUCCAGAAGAUGAAGGCGCUCAUCAAAAAGGAGCGCAAGGGUGCCAUUCGCGAGCUUCGACGCGACAACCAGUUCAUCGCCCAAGUUCGCAAGCAGGACCAGGCCGAAGAGGACCAGACGUACAAGAGGAAGAUGGACAAGAUCAUGUCGACAUUGCAGGUCGAACGGAGCGAGCAGAAGCAACUGGAGAGAGCAAAGGCAAACAUCAAGCGCAGGGCUGGCAAGAAGUGA